AUGCUGUUCAAUGGAGAGGGCGAAGCUUUCAACGUACGCCUGCCUGUCUGCCUACAAUCACACACACGUCUAACACGCCUCCCAGNNGUCGGCGACUUCCUCCUCAGCAUCUCGCCCCACGCAUGGGCUAGCACAGGCAUCGGCCUCUGCAUCGGUCUCUCGGUCAUCGGUGCUGCAUGGGGCAUCUUCAUCACUGGCGCCUCCAUCCUCGGUGGUGGCGUCAAGGCGCCCAGGAUCAGAACAAAGAACUUGAUCUCCAUCAUCUUCUGCGAAGUCGUCGCCAUCUACGGCGUCAUCAUGUCCAUUGUCUUUUCGGCAAAGAUGGCCUCGGUCGGCCCUGACGCUGCGAGAUCUGGCAGCAACUACUACACCGGCUUUGCUCUGUUCUGGUCUGGUCUUUUGGUCGGCGCUUGCAACUUGGUCUGCGGUGUUUCUGUUGGCAUCAACGGUAGCAGUGCUGCGCUCGCCGAUGCUGCUGACCCCAGCUUUUCCGUCCUUGGACUCUUCGGUCUCAUCAUCGGCCUCCUGCUCUCUGGUCCUGCCGCCGACUUUGCCUAG